AUGUCACAUUUACUAUCUCCGCAUCACGUCACAUUUACUAUCGCCGCAUCACGUCACUACCUCCAUGUCACAUUAACUAUCUCCGCAUCACGUCACUACCUCCACGUCACAUUUACUAUCUCCGCAUCACGUCACUACCUCCACGUCACAUUUACUAUCUCCGCAUCACGUCACUACCUCCACGUCACAUUAACUAUCUCCGCAUCACGUCACUACCUCCAUGUCACAUUUACUAUCUCCGCAUCACGUCACAUUUACUAUCGCCGCAUCACGUCACUACCUCCAUGUCACAUUAACUAUCUCCGCAUCACGUCACUACCUCCACGUCACAUUUACUAUCUCCGCAUCACGUCACUACCUCCAUGUCACAUUAACUAUCUCCGCAUCACGUCACUACCUCCACAUCACAUUUACUAUCUCCGCAUCACGUCACUACCUCCACGUCACAUUUACUAUCUCCACAUCACGUCACUACCUCCGCAUCAUAUUUACUAUCUCCGCAUCACGUCAUUACCUCCACGUCACAUUUACUAUCUCCGCAUCACGUCACUACCUCCAUGUCACAUUUACUAUCUCCACAUCACGUCACUACCUCCACGUCACAUUUAA